AUGAUCAACUACCUGACCAAUCUGCCCAACCGAAUCCCCGAGAAACAGAGGAUGUUUCAAGGCGAUCAUCGCUUGGUACAUCAGAAGUUACCUCGUGCCCGAGUCUACAUGGGUAUCUACUACACCAUCUUUGGAGCCAGCAUGCUCUGGUCUGCCAAUGGGCUCUACAAGUUGAUCCGGAUCAUCUACUGA